AUGAAGAUCACACAGGACAUCUUCCUCGCCUUGGCCUUGGUCAAUUCGGCCACCUUUGCCAGCGCUCUCAGCUACACCUGUCCCGGGGACAAGGGAAAGACGAUCAUUCGCCCAGUAUUACCCAUCCCAGAAAGGCUGACACCCUCUUCCUCGGCUGCUAGAAACGGGAAGGAGUACGAGUUCAAGUGCGCCGAAGGAGUCAGGGGCAUGCCCACUAAGAUCGUCGAUGGCAUUGACGCGGUUGACUGUGCUGGUAUUUGCGCCACUGACCCUUCCUGCCUUCACAUCACCUUCAAAGAGAAGACGGGCAAGUGUGAGGUGAAGGCCGAGGGUCCCAUAUUCGGCUACACCGCUGAACCCAUCUCUACCUGGUACUUCAUCGCCGAUGCCCCUGGACAGCCAGAUACAGGCAGCACGCCACCGGUAGGCCCUCCAGUCGUGGAUCCAGUUGGUGGUGACACUCAACAACCCAUUACUGGCGGAGGCGGUGCGACUUCUAGCAACCUUGCGUCUUAUUCUUGUCCCGCGGACAACCUGAAGACGUACACAGUGGGUCAUAUUACCUAUGAACUGCAGUGUGGGAACGGACACAGCUUGGGCCACUGGACCAGCGAGCCAGGCACCGACUUGAAGGCGUGCGCGGAUCGUUGUGCAGCCAUCCCAGAGUGCAACAGCUGUGAUUUCGACCGCAACACCAAGAUCUGUUACUUCAAGACCGCGCCGUCCGUCACAACCCCUUGGGCCAACGGGGAUGCUUGGUACCGUGUUACCUGUCCCAAGGUUCGAGCCACCGUUGCGAAUACCAAGCCCGACAUCACGACAACUCUGCAUUGCCCUAGCGAUGACGGCAAGAUCUUUGAGGGAUCAGAUGGAACCUGGUUCUACCUCCAGUGCUGCACCGAUACCGACGGUGCCUCGAUUCUUGGCCUCGAGACUGCCUCCAACCAUAGCGACUGUCUUGAGAAUGCUACCUACGCAGACGGCGGCGAUGCCAGCAGCCCCAACUGCAAGCUGUACGGCCAUGGCAUGUUCUCCACAACUGUCGUCACGAGCGGCGUGCACCAUGCCUUCGUCACAGACCCUCCUACCAAUGAUCCAUUGGUUUCCAAUGCCACGCUGUGCUCUACCGAGUGCCCUGAUGCCCACGGUCAGCUCUUCCACGAUGAGAGUGUUUGGCUAAUUAGCUUUUAA